GUUCGCCUGGCCCGACGUGACUGUUUAUGCCUUUGUCCUCCUUCACACAAGCCAAUAGGCUGCGGCGUUUCCAAACUCGUCGAUCAGAAUCAUGUCCUCUCAUACCUCGUCGCCUCCAGAGGUUUUAAUUUCCACUCGUUGGGUACAUGCACCUUUUCGAAUCCGGAGCAUUGCCGUCUACCCCACGGCUGUCAAGGCAAUCUUCCUCUCGAACACUCGCUCAUACCUUAUCGUCAUCAUCUUCAUCGUCGACCCACGCUCACUCUCCCCGACAUUUCCCAGCCAAGCUUGUCGCUGCAGAAGCGCAUGCCAUGUACGUAGUAACCCUUUCCCACACCCAGAGGCCCGGCUCGCAGACUUGGCUCCUGCAUUGAAUACCUUGUGCACUC